AUGCCCUCGCUUUUGCUCUGCAAAGCAGACAUUCCGAAAGCCAUACUUUUUCCCUCAGUAGCGGGUCCCAAACGCAAGUGGGCAGCCAGCACGGAUUCUGACGCCUUCUCGGGCAGCGAACACAGCCCGAGCGGAAAAGCAGAAAGCAAGCUGAAUAGAGUGGCGGAGACAGUGGCGACCCCCGCGGCGACCGCAGCGGCACUGGCAGCCCAGGCCACCCCAGCGGCCGGAGCAACCCCCGAAGCAACCUCCACAACAGCGGCUGCUCCGCGCACUGCGAGCUGUAGCGGUAGAACCCGCUACAGCAAUCACAGUCUCCGUCGGGUGUUGAAUUCUUUUGCCUUUUUCUCUCUCGCUCCACUUCACUCUACUUACACAGGCUACGAUCUCCGGUUCCCUACGGAGGGGACCACGGGCACCACUGCUGUACACUCUAAUCGGAGCUUACUGUCCCAGACGUAUAUAUUUGCGGCCCUCUUGGUAUGCAUCACGUUCCAAUCUGGUGCCCAGAUGAAACAGUAUUACAUUCAGGAAGAACUUCCAGACAACAUCCUGAUAGGCAACUUGAUGAGAGACCUCAACCUGACGCUAAUGCUAAACGUGUCCUUAAAGAUUCCCUUGAACUUCAAGCUUGUGUACAAGCUUGGGGAAUCGCCGCUGGUCCGAAUCCAAGAGGAUACUGGAGACAUCUUUACCACUAAUGUCAACAUUGAUCGGGAGAUAUUAUGCCCUGAGAUCGUGAAUAACGCUGAUUGCUUUUAUGAAGUGGAGGUGGCCAUUUUGCCGGAUGAAAUAUUUAAACUAGUUAAGAUACGUUUUGUGAUAGAAGAUAUAAAUGACAACGCACCGUCAUUCCCAACGACGAUCAUCAACAUAACAGUUCCAGAGAACUCGCUUGUAGGUUCUCGCUAUUCUGUCCCAGCAGCCUCCGAUGCUGACAUAGGAAUAAAUGGAGUCCAAAACUACUCUUUACUUGCGGGUCGGAGUGUUUUUGGGCUUGGUGUUGGCGUAGCACCUGAUGGACAGAAGGUUCCACAACUGGUUGUUCUAAAGCAGUUAGAUAGGGAAGAGAAGGAUGUGUAUAUAAUGAAACUGAAAGUCGAAGAUGGUGGCACUCCUCAAAGAUCCAGUACUGCCAUUUUGCAAAUUAAAAUUCUUGAUGUAAAUGAUAACCAUCCAGUGUUCUCACAAGAUGAGAUUGAAGUCAAUAUACCAGAAAACGCUCCUGUGGGUACUUCAGUGGUGCAGCUCCAUGCCACAGAUGCCGACAUCGGGGAAAAUGCUGUAAUUCACUUCUAUUUCAGCAACCUCCUUCCCAGUCAGGCCAAGAGGCUGUUUGACCUCAACAGCGAGACUGGACUUAUCACAAUCAAACAGCCACUGGAUAGGGAGGAGUCACCAAACCACAAAUUACUGGUUUGGGCAGGUGAUGGUGGGUUGUCCCCCGCAAGAGCACUGGUGCGAGUCAAUGUGAUAGACGUCAACGAUAACGCCCCAUCGAUCGAUAUACGAUACAUCAUCAACCCGGUCAAUGGCACUGUGGUUCUUUCAGAGAACGCUCCAGUCUACACCAAAAUUGCUCUAAUAACUGUGACAGAUAAGGAUGCUGGCAAUAAUGGCAGGGUGAUAUGCUUCAUGGAUCAGAAUCUCCCUUUCCGAUUACGGCCAGUAUUCACUAACCAGUUCCUCCUGGAGACAAAUGGAUUUCUCGACUUUGAGUCCACAAAAGAGUAUGCCAUUAAACUAAUGGCCACAGAUGCCGGUCAACCUCCUCUGAAUCAGUCAUCCAUGCUCCUUAUCAAAGUCAAAGACGAAAAUGACAAUGCUCCAGUGUUUACCCAGCGUGUCAUAACUACUUCCAUUCCUGAGAAUAACUCUCCUGGCUCCCAGGUGACAAAAGUAACUGCGACAGAUGCCGACACCGGGCGUAAUGGUGAAAUCAGUUACGUGCUAGGUGCUGAUGCUCCGCCUGAAUUCGACCUGGACUAUCGUACGGGCAUGCUGACCGCAGUGACAAAACUGGAUAGAGAAAAGCAGGAAAAAUACUACCUCACGGUUCUGGCAAAAGAUAAUGGGAUUCCACCCUUAAUAACUAAUGCCACAGUGAUAGUGAGAGUUCUGGAUCAAAAUGACAACAUGCCAGUUUUCUCUCAUGAUGAGUACAAUUUCUAUGUCCCAGAAAACCUUUCUAGACAUGGCACAGUAGGACUAAUCAAUGUAUCUGACCUCGAUGAUGGUGAAAAUUCUGUGGUCACUCUGUCCAUUGUAGGUGUGAAUGACGAGUUCACCAUUGACCCACACACCGGUGUCAUUCGACCAAAUGUUUCCUUUGAUAGAGAAAAACAAGAAUCUUAUACUUUCUAUAUAAAGGCUCAGGAUGGCGGCAGGGUACCACAGUCUGCAACUGCCAAAGUGACCAUAAAUGUAGUCGAUAUCAAUGACAAUGUACCAGUGUUUGUGGCCCCUUCUUCCAACUACUCCUUUCAGCUGGUCUUACCAUCCACGGAUCCAGGCACAGUGGUCUUCCCAGUCCGUGCUAUUGACAAUGACACAGGCAUUAAUGCUCAGCUUCUUUACACCAUCAUUGAAGGAAACACAAGAGGCCUGUUCGUAAUUAAUGAAACGACUGGCGACAUCAUGAUGAAGAACAAAUUCGUGCGCACAGACCGCGGUUUACACAGACUGGUAGUCAAAGUGAAUGACUUAGGGCAACCCGAUGCCCUCUCCAACGUUGUCGUGGUCAAUCUGUUUGUGAAUGAGUCAGUGACUAAUGCCACACUGAUUCACGAACUGGUGCGCAAGAAGGCUGAAACACCAGUUGUCCCCAAUAUUGAGAUAGCCGAUGCCUCCUCCCCAUCCGAAGACUAUGUCAAGAUUGUGAUCGCCACUGCAGUUGCCAGCACAGCUGUUGCCCUCGUUAUUGUAAUCAUUGUCAUAGUGCGAUGCUACCAGCCAGCACACCUCAAGGCUGCUCAGAAAAACAAGCAGAAUUCUGAAUGGGUUACGCCAAACCCAGAAAAUAGACAGAUGAUAAUGAUGAAGAAGAAGAAGAAGCAGAAGAAGAAGAAGAAGAAGCAGCCUCAUCCCCCUAAGAACUUGCUGCUUCACUUUGUCAACAUUGAGGAAACUAAGUCAGAUGAUGCUGACGACGAUGGACUCAGCGCCACCCUAGACCUUCCCGCUGAGCUGGAAGAGGAAACCAUGCGCAAGUACGACUGGAGCACCAUGCCCACUACAUUCAAGCCCGACAGCCCUGACCUAGCCCGGCAUUAUAAAUCCACCUCACCGCAGCCGGCCUUCCAGAUCCAGCCAGAAACGCCCCUGAGCUCCAAGCACCACUUCAUCCAGGAGCUGCCUCUUGACAACACCUUCGUGGCUUACGAUUCCAUCUCCAAGUGCUCCUCCAGCAGCUCUGACCCCUACAGCGUGUCCGAGUGCAGCUUUCCGCUGUCGACCUUCAAGGACGUCGUGUCUGCGCAUGCCAGACCACCAAUGAAGGACGUCGUGAGAGCCCGCACCCCCAUGAAAGAGACCACCACCACCGUGGAGAUCUUGGUGCACCCUGAGCCACAGCAGCAGAAAUCCGAGGGGAAAAGGGCAGGAAAGUCCCAGCGGCGUGUCACGUUUCACCUGCCAGAAGGCUCUCAGGAGAGCGGCAGUGAGGGUGGCCUGGGAGAGCUGGAGGCUGCAGGCGGGGCACAUGCCCUGCCUCUGCACUACCGGAGGGGGGAGGACUUCUACCGCACUGCGCCCACCAACCGCACGGAGGGCGAUGGCAAUUCGGAUCCUGAGUGCACCGCAGAGAUAACCGUGCAGCCGACCUUGGAGGAGGUCUCGGACACCUGCACACAGGAGUGCCUGAUCCUGGGCCACUCUGAUGCCUGCUGGAUGCCCGCCGCCCUGACGCGGGCCAGCCCCCUGCACACGCAAGCCUCUGUUCCACACCACAGCCCGUCGGAGACACUGACCUCUGCUCGCCACCGCCACCGCCACCGCCACCGCCACCGCCGCAGCCCUCCAGUGGCCGAGUUCAUCGCCCUGUCUCACAGCCCACCACGGGCACAGGUCUUCGCACCCCAGCCCAGUCCACCUCUGCCCGCCUCCGCUCUCCAUGCCAGCCCUCCCCUGGGCCAGGCUGCUGCCCCCCAGCACAGCCCUGCCCAGCCGACGUGGCCUUUGCAGCAGGGAGGGCCAGCUAGCGGGCUGUCUCACUCUGUGUCUGAAACAGCUCAUUCUACUGAUGAGUCAGUGGAAGGCAUUGCCUUGAAAACCUUCAUGGCAGGCCUACAGGCCAGAGCCUCUCGGGAUGAUGACGCUCCUGUGAAGGAACAUCCCUUCUAAAGUCACAGUUCUCAACAGGACAUAUAUCGUUAAGAUUUCAAAUCCAGUUUCAUGACUAUUCCAAAUUGUUAGUUUUGUACAUAGUUAUAUAAAUAGAAACAGAUACCAGAACAGACUCUAGAGCUAGACACCCUUAGUCAAAACACAAAAGUAAAUUCACAAUUUGUUUACUUCAGAAUGUGUACUUAAAAAGAAAUUGAAACACUCGUUCCCCUUUGUACAGAAAGGCUUGCCGUGUAAGACAGUGAUAUGGAAUGUACAGUGUUUCUGAUGCACCGUGACUGUUCAUUUAUUGUUGACAUGUGCAAUAUUACUGAUUGUGUUUCCAUUCUGAUGUUUGUAGUACAUAGCAAGUGGACUAGCAAAUAUCUGAUUUUCCAAGAGUACCUUUAGUUUAUCUCAACUUUUGUUCAAAUAACAUUAGAAGGUGGAUGUAGGGCAGCAUCUUUGUAUGUCUUUUUGUUUGAUACUUGUUGCUCUCUAGUUUUUUUUAUUACUGUUUGUACGAAAAUGCACAGUACCACGUGUAAAUAAUUUAUAUUUUGUCUGUCUUUUUUAUGUUUUCUACCUUUAUUUGGAGAAUAUAUUGUGCAGAGAAUUUGUAUAGACCUUUUCAGUAACAAAUAUAUAUACACUGUACAGAUUUCUGUCUAACCUAUUCUCUACUCUUUAGUAGAGUUCGAGACGUUGAAGUGCAAUAUGUGCGCCCAAAUGGGUGUCUUUCUACGAAAAAUUAUUUUUGUAAUGUAGUGUAAAGUGCAUCAGAAAUUAUGUUGUAUCUGCAGUUUAAGCCUAUGUUCCAUGAUUAAUUAGAUGUUUAUCUUCUGCAAUUUGUAUAUAAGAACCUGGAAAUCACAAGAAAAGUGGACGCAUUUGAUGAAUGAUUCAUUAACAGCCAUGACCGGAAUCUGCUAUUUUCUAAAGAAUAAAUAGCAGGAAGUUUUAAAUGGUGAUGUGAGAGUUGAAAAGGCUGAUACCAAAAGACGGUCAGUAAAAAGAAUACACAAAUUAAUAUAACUAGAUAAAACCACAUAACAAACCUAUAUGACUAAGGGAUUUUUCUCAUUCUAGCUCAACUUCCUGAAGAAAACCACUGAUAACAAGAUGAGAAUCCAGACAUACAAUCCUAAAUCUACAGGACAGGGUUUUAAGAAGAUGUGCAGAGGGAGAGAUAAGGUUCAUGACGGCUUCUUGAGGUAGAUAAGAAAUACCCCAAGAAUGCAAUAAACAAAAACAACAGUGACCAAAUCUAUAUGAAAAGGAAACAUGUUCUAAGUGAAGAAUACAGUACCAUUCGUAGGGAACAUUAGUUUCCUUCCGUCAUCCUUUAGUUCCUUUGUUGUCCUUCUGGCUGGCCGGUUUCACCAGCGGUGCACAUGUGUGCACAUUUCACCAAUUUACAGAAACAGCACCAACUUCAUUUUUUUCCACAGCAAAACACAGACAAUGUCUUGUUUCAGUAUUACACUAAACUAAGACACAGUUGAUGUAUUCAUUGGGGGUGGGGGGGUGAAUAGUUCUUGUUAGUUAAAAUUAGAUGUAGACUUUGUGACGUGUAAUUUGGAGAUCUGUAAUUUAUGAUGAAACUGUGUGUAAAUGUUGUACUAUAAAGUGUGGUGAAUGUAUAAUUUCAUUGGUGAAGGUUUCCACUGAAUGUUGAGAAAGCUUCUCUUCUUGUGCCCAGCAGGUUACGUAGCGACUGAGAAUAUAUUGUUCCCGUUGGGAAGCAUAUUUGCUUUAGUGUGUAGAACGACUUCUUAACUUUUAACCACAAGAAUCUAAUUACUAAAAUUUCAACUGAAUUAGUAUUAUUGAUAUUGUUUCUGCUUUGUGUUUGUUAAAUAUUUUAAACCUGGAGAUGACGCUGAAACCCUUCCAGUAGACUGUCAGCUGUUUUUUUUCCUCUGAAAACUUGCACAGAUAAUGUGUGAGAAUUUCCUCUUCUAUUUUAGUUAUUUUCACAUUUUUCCUCUGUACAUGUUAGUUAGGAUCUACAAACACACAGUUAAAUAAAGACAAGAGACAAAAAGGAAAAUCUGAAAAAAUUCAUUAAGUAAUAUGUUAGGAAUAUGACUGGUUACUACAUUAAUAAAAAUCAGAAUAUGAACCAAAGUUAGGUAGUUCAGAUAUUUUUUGUGCUUUAUUGAGUUAUAAGUGUGCUGUUAAGUGCUCCUGUCUAAAAUUAGCAAAAUUCGAAGACCUCUCCUAGAGACACGGGAAUGAACCAAUACGCUUUACUGCAUGGUCAGACUUACAUUGUGUUCAGAAUGUUAAAACACUGGGCACCCUCUUCGGGGUCUGUACCAGAGAAGCCUGGAAUGGAAGUGGGCUAGAACUAGCCAAAGAGGCGAGGGGUGUGAGUCCAGUGAUUCUCCCCUAUGCAUUCUCUUUCAAAGCUUCCUUGAGGUCUGGCCUUGGCAACCUGUGACUUCUGAGGCGACAGAUCUGAUGAGACCUUUCUCAUUACACUGCAAAUUCUUGGACUGCGUAGCCAGAGCUACAGGUUGACAUAGUUCACAGGCAGCUCUUUGGAUGAGCAAAGUCUUUAGUUGCAGAGCUAGAGAAAGUUUUGUUCUUCCAUCACUGCAAAAUAAUACCCUUGGAAAAAAGAAAGAUUUGAUUUAGUUUGAAAUUCGAACUUCAAAUUGAAAGACAAGUGUGGUAAUAUAUUCAGUGAGACUGGCUAUUCAAUUUUGUGGCUAUGUUCAGUUACAUGUGAUUAAGACUUUACUUGCUGUAGUGUUUCUGUAUCACAUUUAUAAGUAUCUAUUGAAACACCUUGUAUCUUAUGUGCUACGUGCAUACACAUUGUUUUCUUGAAUUUUAUCUUCAAGUUUAAGCUAAUACUGUGUGGGUGUAUUAAAAACAAAGUUACAUAUGAUACAAAAAAUGUGAUAAACUUAGAGAGUACAGUUUGUGUGGUCUAAUUUAGCUAUUGAACCUUUUCUGUCUGGUAAUGUAAAUUUGGUCAGACAACACAGCUACCAAAUGAUGAGUGCUAUUGUGUAUUGGUGACAGUUAAGAGCCUCUGCCUUCCCAGACUCAUAUUUGUCACACACUGCCAUGAAGAUGGAUAAACAUGGACUAAAGACAAUCACAAACUGUGCAGUCCUUAUAAUGUCAUCAUGUCACACCCCAAAAACUACCGACCCGUGUGCUUUCAGUGACUGUGAUUUGUUGACAGCAGCCGAAGGCUACUCACAAAAACAUGUGCGCAAAUGAAACAAAGUGAAGACAAUUGUUUAGUGAUUGUGAUAUUUUUAGAAAUCAAAUGUGUGAAAUUUAUGCUAUCUCUCCUUAAAGUACUUGGGAUUUUAUGAAAUAUAGAUUAAUGUUUGUAUUUUGAGAAGAUUCUUCCUCUGUGACAUUAUACAGCAUCUGAAAUGAACAGCAUCCCGAAGCAGCUCCAAUCAGGCUUCGGAAAUGAGACGGUUUGACAUUGUGUGGCUCAGAACGGCGUGAUGUGCUAUGGAUUGUACACAAAUGUGUAUGGAUUGUUCUAU